GACGUGAAUGGGGUGCUAUUUAGGGACCAUUUUAGAAACGAGCUGGCCAACGUGCGCGUGUCGCUGGGCCAGGGCGCCAAACACACCUGGUCGGUCUACCUGGUGAUGACACCGGUCGACCCCACCGGUGCGCGCGUUCACUGCACAGCACUCGUACAGCGAGUGGUCGGCAAUUGGUUGCAAUAUUACUAUUACGAACCGCUGGCCACAGAUCAGCGCCAGAGCACUGUUUUGCCCGAGUUUUUGGUUCACUCACUGCGGGCUAUGAUUGGCCAGAAGUGGUCAGUACUGGUGCGCCGGACGAACGGCUCGCAGCGCACACCCGGCAGUAGUUAUCGCCGGUGUUUGGUAUUCAUCGCCAACUUUCUGGACGAUCAGACGGCGUUGAACGCGUACAACUGGUCACCCUAUGAUCUCGUACCGUGA